AUGCCAAGGGGCCCGACGGCGCGAGCGGUGGGGCAGCGACGCGAGCGGCGAAGGGGGCCAGCGGCGCGGGCGGCCAAGGGGUCCGGCGGCGUGGGCCACGCGGAGGAGGCGGCUGCGUCGGCCAAAACGGAGGAGCCGGCUGCCAGGCAAGCGGAGGAGGCAUCAGCGUGCCAAGCGAUGGGACAGGGGAGGGGGGCGAAGGUGUACCUGGCGUGGAUGGCGGAGGAGAUGUCUGUGGCGGCGCGGGAAGCCGGCGAAGGGGGCCAACGGCGCGGGCGGCCAAGGGGUCCGGCGGCGCAGCCAGGGGGCCAGCGGCGCGAGCGGCGAAGGGGGCCAGCGGCGCGGGCGGCCACGGGGUUCGGCGGCGUGGGGCACGCGGAGGAGGCGGCUGCGUCGGCCAAAACGGAGGAGCCGCCUGCCGGGCAAGCGGAGGAGGCAUCGGCGUGCCAGGCGGCGGGACAGGGGAGGGGGGCGAAGGUGUACCUGGCGUGGAUGGCGGAGGAGAUAUCCGUGGCGGCGCGGGAAGCUCGGUCGUUGAUGGAUAGGGGCUCGGUACACACUUCCUACAGAUGA